AUGGCCACCUUCGAUAACAACAGCAACUUCUGCUCGAUGGAUGAGGAGCUUCAGGCGGAGGCUAAGAUCCUGAAGCAAAUCCAGAACAAGCUCUCGGAAAAGAUGGAUAUUGGAAAGAUGACCCCGCCCACUGAAGAAGAACAAAAGGCGAUCGACGCGAAGUCGGUCUUUGUUGGAAACGUCGAGUACGGAGCGACGAUCGAGGAGUUGGAGCAGCACUUCAAGGGCUGCGGAACGAUUGUGAGGACUACGAUUCCAAAGAAUAAGGUGACAAAGAAACAAAAAAACUUCGCAUAUAUUGAAUUCGAAUCUUCUGGCAGCGUGGAGAACGCUAUUGUAAUGAAUGGAUCAAUUUUCCGUGGCCGUCCAAUCGUCGUGACGAGUAAGCGAACCAACAAGCCUGGUAUGGGAGCUCAAAGAGGAAGAGGAGGAUUCAGAGGAGGACGUGGAGGUCCGCAAACCGUUGUGGUGGAAUAUGUGUACGUGAAUGCGCCAGCACCUAAGGGACGUGGAGGAUUCCGUGGAGGACGGGGACGCUUCAACCCUUAUUAA